GUUAUUUUUUACUGAGAGAGGAAAAUGUCGAAUUCUUCAAGUCUUGCGGACACUGUGGAAGCCUUUAGUGGACCGUACUUACGAUGGCUGGAAAAAGACGUCCUGCCGAUUAUUUCCGGAACUCUUCUUCUCUGUAUAUUUAUGUGUGGAGUUGUCUUAAAUGGGCUGACAAUUCAUGCGGUACGAAAGAAGCGGGUGACAGCACUAUGUACCCAUCUGUUUCUACAGUUGGUGGUGCUAGAUUUUGUGGCUUAUGUGUUUGUUAUUUUUCCUGCCAUUAUUACGUCAUUCGCGAAAGACUGGGUUUUGUCAGAAGCACUUUGUCAAAUAUCUGGCGCGAUUGGAACGACUUGUUUCGUAUGUUUAUUCAUCUUUUUAACUUUCCUUUGCGCAGAAAGAAUGGUAAAAUUAAACAACCCAAGUGUUCAUGACGGUUUCUUCGGAAAUAAAUGUAUCUGCAUCAUUACCAGUAUUGUGACGUGGGUAGUGACGUUUAUCGGAAGUAUUCUACCAGUAGCAGGAUGGGGGAAACUCGAGUAUAUAUCCUCACAGAACAGAUGCAACAUCAACCACGAUAAAAACAAAAUCAACAUGAAUCUAAUUUUUAUCUUUGGGAUGUUUCUUCCUGCUUUUAUGUCAUUUUUAUUCAGUAUUGGUACAUUUCUACAACGAAAAGAACUUUUAACAAGUCUGAAGUCCCUGACGUCCUACGUUAAUAACGUCAAUGUAAAAGUCAGACGACAGACCCGGGCGGGCGGGGUAACAGAGAAAAUAAAACUUGGUGAAAUCGUCGGAGAUCAGACACAAUGUCUGCCAGAAGUAGAAAAUGUAAACAGAGUGUUAACGUCCACUGAGAUAGAAGUAAGAAACGCAACAUCUCCCGUGGUUCCACAAACAAGUCGAGAAACGCCAACAGACAACUCCCUUUAUCCCGAACGGCCAAAUUCAAAGAACAGCAUUAUAGUAGUCAACGAAGAAACUGAGCGACCUCGCUCCAGAAAUUCCGUUUCCCCGGUAACCGAAGUCUCCGGGUCACGGACGACUCGCUCCGAGAACGAGAUGAAGAAUAAGUUGAUAAAAGACGGCGUCACGGGAGACGAGACGACUUUUGAAUCCAAGCGAGUAGCUGUCACAGUUUACAAAAGGUCACAGGAACAGGUGGACUUCCAUCUCGCCGCCACGUACAUGUUAAUCUGGGUUAUUGUAAUUAUGCUAUGGCUUCCCUACGUGAUUGUUUGGUACUUGGACGUGUAUGACGUUGUUUCCGUCUGGGGCGGGGUGUAUUCUGUCCUCGUGAUUGUUUGUGAUGUUAGCUACUGUAUAAAGCCUAUUGUGUUUAUGUCUCAUAACCAUUUGUUCAGAAAAGCCACAUCAGAUGGGGUACCAGAAAGUUUGAAAACACGAGUAGCAAGAGCAAAGCGGGUAUUAUCGAAAACUGCAAGAAGGGUUGACGGACUGAUAUUUUUGAAAAUGGGAGACGACUCCAGAACACCCAUCAUUCAGAAAUGAGUUUAUUGCUGGUGUCGGAAUGCAAAAUCCCAGAAAAGGUUUUAAAAGGAAUCCUUGACCUGCCUUUUUUAUAUGAGGGACAAAAGAAAUUAUUAAAGAGAUUUAUGAUUAAAUAUUAACCUUAAUCAGGUGAACAUUGUUAGCUGA